AUGGCUGAUAAUAUCGAUCUCUUGGACUACGAGGAAGAGGAGCUGAUCGAGCCCACCAUCGAACCAGAGGCCAAAAAGCCGGAGAAAGACGUGAAGGGCACUUAUGUGUCCAUACAUAGCUCCGGCUUUCGUGAUUUUCUGCUAAAACCGGAGAUACUGCGCGCUAUCGUGGACUGCGGCUUCGAGCAUCCAUCCGAGGUGCAACACGAAUGCAUACCACAAGCGGUGCUCGGCAUGGAUAUACUGUGUCAGGCCAAGUCCGGUAUGGGUAAGACCGCAGUCUUUGUGUUGGCGACACUACAGCAGCUGGAACCCACGGAGCAUGUGCCCUACGUGUUGGUUAUGUGUCACACACGUGAGCUGGCCUUCCAGAUCGGCAAAGAAUACGAACGUUUCGCCAAGUAUAUGACGAAUGUAAAGGUUGGCGUCUACUUCGGUGGCUUGGCCAUACAAAAUGAUGAGAAGUCUUUAAAAGACAAAAUGCCACACAUAAUCGUCGGCACACCGGGACGCAUAUUGGCUUUGAUACGCAACAAGAAAUUGAAUCUCAAGAAUCUAAAACACUUCGUGCUUGACGAAUGCGAUCAGAUGUUGGAGCAUAUUGAUAUGCGUCGCGAUGUGCAGGAGAUCUUCCGCAGCACGCCACACGCCAAGCAGGUGAUGAUGUUCUCCGCCACGCUAAGCAAAGACAUACGUCCAGUGUGUAAGAAAUUCAUGCAAGACCCCAUGGAGGUCUAUGUAGAUGACGAGGCCAAGCUGACGUUGCAUGGCUUACAACAACACUACGCCAAGCUGAAGGAGAACGAGAAGAACAAGAAACUGUUCGAGCUGUUGGAUGUGCUCGAAUUCAAUCAGGUUGUCAUCUUUGUGAAAUCUGUGCAACGCUGCAUAGCGCUCAGUCAACUGCUGAGCGAGCAGAACUUCCCUGCGGUCGGCAUACAUCGUGGCAUGUCGCAGGAGGAGCGUUUAAAACGUUAUCAGGAAUUCAAGGAUUUCCAAAAGCGCAUUUUGGUUGCCACCAAUCUCUUUGGACGCGGCAUGGAUAUCGAGCGCGUGAACAUCGCCUUCAACUAUGACAUGCCGGAGAGCAGCGACACCUAUUUGCAUCGGGUGGCACGCGCUGGACGCUUUGGCACCAAAGGUUUGGCCAUCUCCUUCGUUGCGGAUGAGGCGGAUAACAAAAUUUUGAGUGAAGUGCAGUCGAGAUUUGAUGUGAAGAUCACAGAGUUGCCAGAUCAAAUCGAAUUGUCCUCUUAUAUCGAGGGACGCUGA